CCGCUGAAUGUCAAGCUUUGUACCUAAGUUAUCUCCCUUUCUGGAACAGCGGACAAGAAUGUAAGAGGAUGGAGCCGAGUACCUGUAAGACCAAUGAAUCUGAGGAAGAAGACUAUGUUGAGGAAGAGGAAUCUGAGGAGGAGUGUGUUAAAGAGGACGCUACCACCCCUUCUAACUCUUCGCAGCAACCCGUUGCAAAGGCGGACUCCUAUAAGGAAUUUGAGAGUGGGGUUACCUUAUCCAUUGUAACCAAGAAAUUUCCAAAGAAAAUCAUAGCUGCAACCGACCCAGUUGAUGUAGAAGUUGGGAGGAGAAAGAGAAAGCGGAAACGCAGACCCCUGGCCAUCAACUUGACCAACUGCAAGUAUGAAAGUGUGCGCCGGGCAGCCCAAAUGUGUGGCCUGAAGGAGGUAAGAGAGGAUGAAGAAUGGACUGUGUACUGGACAGACUGUUCUGUCUCAUUGGAACGAGUCAUGGACAUGAAGAGGUUUCAGAAAAUCAACCACUUCCCCGGCAUGACAGAAAUCUGCCGUAAAGAUCUACUGGCUCGGAACCUCAACCGCAUGCAGAAGCUCUACCCUACGGAGUACAACAUCUUCCCGCGCACCUGGUGCCUCCCUGCAGACUAUGGGGACUUCCAGUCCUACGGUCGUCAGAGGAAAACCCGCACUUAUAUCUGCAAGCCAGAUAGUGGCUGUCAGGGGCGUGGGAUCUUCAUCACCCGAACCCCCAAGGAGAUCAAGCCAGGAGAGCAUAUGAUCUGCCAGCAGUACAUCUCCAAGCCCUUCCUCAUUGAUGGAUUCAAGUUUGACAUGAGAAUCUAUGUUCUGAUCACUUCCUGUGACCCUCUCCGGAUCUUCAUGUAUGAGGAGGGCCUGGCCCGUUUUGCUACCAUGCGCUAUGUGGAGCCCAGUCAUAAUAACCUGGAGGAAGUCUGCAUGCACCUUACCAACUAUGCUAUCAACAAACACAAUGAGAAUUUUGUUCGGGAUGAUGCUGUGGGCAGUAAGAGGAAGCUGUCGACACUCAAUGUCUGGCUGCGAGAGCAUAGCUAUGACCCCAGAGAGCUGUGGGGGGACAUCGAGGACAUCAUCAUCAAAACCAUCAUCUCAGCCCACUCUGUCCUUCGCCACAACUACCGAACCUGUUUUCCCCAAUAUCUGAGUGGAGGUACAUGUGCCUGCUUUGAGAUCCUUGGUUUUGACAUCUUGCUGGACCACAAGCUGAAGCCCUGGCUGCUGGAGGUAAACCAUUCUCCAAGCUUCACCACAGACUCCCGCCUGGAUCGAGAGGUGAAAGAUGCACUUCUCUGUGAUGCCAUGAACCUUGUCAACCUCCGGGGCUGUGACAAAAAGAAAGUGAUAGAGGAGGACAAGCGUCGUGUCAAGGAGCGGCUUUUUCAAUGCCACCAACAGCCACGAGAAGCCAGGCGAGAACAAAUUGAGUCAUCCCAGGCGGCCAUAUUGGACCAGGAACGAUAUGAGGAUUCCCACCUUGGGGGAUACCGGCGGAUCUACCCAGGGUCUGACUCAGAGAAGUAUGCACGCUUCUUCAAGCACAAUGGUUCCCUCUUCCAAGAGACUGUUGCCUCCAAGGCCAGAGAGGAGUGUGCCAGGCAGCAACUAGAAGAAAUUCGCCUAAAGCAGGAACAACAUGAAAACCUAGGUACCAAGAAGCGAAAGGAAAACAAAGAUCAGAACCAGGGUGAAUCAGCUGGGGAGAAGAGUCGAUCCAGACCAGUGCCAAGAGGCCUUGCCACCCAUUUGGCUUACAGGCAUCGGAACCGGGAGAAAGAGCUGGUAUCAGUAUACCUGGACACCAUGCAGCCUCAAGAAAUUGUGGAAGAGGAGGAGCUUGAGCGGAUGAAGCUUCUGCUGCAAAGGGAGAAUCUCAUCCGGAGUCUGGGUAUUGUAGAGCAUGUCACUCGCCUGCUGUGUCCCAACCUCCAGAGCCACAGAAAGCAUCAUGAUUAUCGGCCUAGAUUUCACCAGGACCGGCUGAGCAGUCAACAACUGCAACCUGCGAGUCUGGUCCCACUGGUGUUCCUGAAAGGGGCCACCUCAGAGCAGACCCCUCUUCAUGUACUGCAACCACUUUGGCCCCCCGAAUUGAUCCCCAAGAUCUUAGGGCCACUACCAAGCACCACUGCUGCAAUCGCACGUCAUUCUCAGUGCCAUCUGCCACCCAAGAACUUCAACUGCAUAACUGAUCCAGCAGCCAUUGGCUCCUGUUCAUUAAUGAAGAACUAUGGGAGGCACUAUUUUUCCAGCCCUAGAGUCAGGCUGACUAGCCAAGGCCAAGCCAGCCGACGGCUAGAAGCCAUAAACCAAGUCCUGUCAGGAUCAGUGGCAUCCACUUUAACACCAAAGCAGGGCUAUCUUCUGGAGCCUGAAAGAGAUUCAUGGACCGAAUGCACCUUGUCCUCCAUGGUAAACUGUGAACACAGAGCAGCCAAGGCCGAGGAUCUCGCCCUCUGCCCUGCCUCUGCACAGAUGGUGCAGCACUCCAGCACACUUCUCAACAUCAGCCAGCACAGGUAAAAGGAAGCGAAGCCCAGCACUCAGCCAAAGAAACAAAUGGCCUUUGGUCUUUGUUAAUUGAAAGACUGCCACCACGUUCCAGUUUGAAAAGCUCUGACCAGGAACUAUGUGUGCAAAAGACAAAACACAAAGACAACAAGAAUUCAACUCCCCGAGAUUCUUUGGGGCUGCAAAACGAGGAGCUAAGGCCAUUAUAUACCCAUCUCUGCUUAUCAAGCUUUAGUCUGGGCUUGGCCCCAAGGGAUGGUCUUUGAACCCUGAGUGUGGCCUGGGGCUGGAGGUCACCUGGCAACAAGGAGUUCCUUUCCUGGUGCAGCUAAGUGGCCAUUGCCUUCCUAAGAUUGCCAAGGGUUUGCCCUUCCUGCUAUAGUGGCUGAGUCAGACA